AGAGGAAAUUCUCGGCUCUCUCGGAAGAAAUUUUUUGAAAGAAAAGUGACAGAAGACAACACAAGCCUUCAUUUUUACCUUUUCGCGUUUUGUGUUGUAAAAGCGGAAAAAUUGACUUAACUUUGUGUGCCACAGCGGUGGUUCCAUUGUCCCAGUUCAACGGCCAACGGUGGGUGCCCCCCGUGUGUGGAGGAUGUAUCAUGGUAAGGAGUGCGGUUACUGUGCGGAGAAGGAUGCCGAAAUAGCAAAGCUCAAAGCGGAGUUGGCACAAACAACGCUCGAGCUGAAUCACUUCCGAUCAUUCCUGGGGCAGCAAGUUACGUUCAGCCAUGGCAAAAAUGAUGCCAUCAUUGAGUUCAUUGAUGUUCCUGUCCAGAAUGCGGAGCCCGAGCCCGUCCCCGUGAAAUCCAGGAGUAUGUCACCGGCUCUUGGGAAUGUUGGUGCUCCCCGGGAGGUGACCCCAAUGCCCGAGGAGAUGAAUUAUGCCCCAAAACCGGGUGAAAUUGCUUUUGGGCAUGUUGAUGGCCUAGAUGUGGCACAAGCAGAAAUCUUGGAGAUUAUGUGUGGCAUCUGUCGGGACAUCUUUUCCGAUCCCGAAUCCUUCAAUGCACAUUUUGUCAAUCACACCACCACCGAGGCACCCCCAAGUACAGAUGGGGACAUAAUAAGGGCAUCACUUAGUGACUUCUCAUGCCCAAAUUGUCAGCAACGCUUUGAUCUGGCAUCGAGUCUCAAGGAGCACAUGCAGAUGUGCAAAGUUUCGCCGGCACCACGAGCUGAAUGCCUCAUCUGUGGUGACACCUUCGGCGAUAGGUUGUCCUUCAAGGAGCACCUACAGAAGCAUCCGGGAAUUAAGAUCUACGAAUGUGAGUUGUGCUCCAAGGCAUUCGGGGACACAGCUUCGUACAAUAGACACAUUGUGGAACUCCAUGCCGAUAGGGCGUCCACAAUAUGUGACAUUUGUGGGAAGAAUGUGAGUUUGCAGGCAUUUGCGGCACAUCGGAAGCAACACACAUCGAAUGACGAGUGGAAGUGCAAGGUGUGCCCGAAAAUCUUCCCAUCGGUGCAUGAGUACAAUCAGCACAUGAAGGUGAGCCACAUGAAUGGGGAUAAAUCCCCAACGGGCACCCCAGCAGAGUGCCCUGUGUGUAAGAAGCAAUUCUCGGGGCAGAGUCAACUGACCAAGCACAUGCAGAUCCACUCGAACGACAAGAAGUUCCAGUGUGAUCUCUGUGGGAAGAAUUUUGCCCUCAAUGGCUACUUAAAGAAGCACCUAAAGAAGGUGCAUGGCGCCGUUACGGCUUAGGGUAAGUGCGCGCCACAGGUGCAUGUGGAGGCCAAUCUAAAAUAAUGAAUUAUAUCAAAAGAAAAAAAAAUGGAAAACUUUUUAAGAUAAAAAAAAAUCGUGGGAAAAUUUAUUUUAAACGUGUAAAUAGGACAAGAAAUAAAAAUUCUUUUCAUUGACUACUGA